UAUGACAUGAGUUACAUCGAUAAAAAAUAUAAUAUUAAUUCAAAACAUGAAAAUGAAUCUUGGUUAAAAUCCCCAAAAAGUUUUCUUAAUAAUUUAAUUAGAACACCAAUUAAUUGGGAAUCAUUUGGACCUGAUGAUAAUAAAUUGCAUCGUGCUACUUUGACCUUAGAAAUUGAUGGUUCAAUCAUUAUUGGUCGUGGUGAUGCAAAAACUAAAAAAGACGCGGAAAAAAUUUCUUACUUGGAUGCUUGUUAUCAGAUUGAAUCAAAGGGGUUAAUUAGCAAUGUUCAAAAAUAUUCUUCUACUAUUAAAAAACAAUCAUCAUCUCAAUUACAAUCUGGAAAGGAGGUUGACCCAAAGAAAUAUGUUAUAGAGUAUUGUGCAAUAUUUGAUCAUGUGCCAAUUUAUAACUUAAACAGUAUCGGCCCCGAUCACGAUUUAUGGUGGGAAGCUGUAGUAGAAUUACCAAAAGAUAUAGUUGGCCGUGGUCGUGCUAAAACAAAAAAAGAAGCCGAAUUAUUGGCCGCCGAAGAUUUUAAGAAAAAAGCUGAAGAAUAUCAAGCAUUACACGGCAAAAUACCAUCACUUUCUGAAAAAAAUAAUAUGUCAGAAGAUAUAGCAAAAGAUUUUAUUAAAUUUUAUUGUAAAUAUUUUAAAUUUAAAAAUCCUGAAUUUAGCUGUAAAGGUAUAGGACCCGGCCAUAGCAUGAAGUGGGAGGCUUCACUAAUAGUUGAUGAUCAUAUUAUUGGUACCGGUAAAAGAUCAAACAAACGUGAUGCUCAAACUUCUGCUUAUUUAGAUGCUGCUAUUGCUUUACGUAAGGAUUCUCCUGAUCUUUGGGAAAAAUUUGAAAAUGAUAGAUCAAAAACAAAAGAUGCUUCUACCCCAAAACCUGCUCCAUACAUAAGUGUUCAAAUGAGCAACCAAACAUACAAAACAUUAAACAAUUUAGUUUCGGAAUUGCAACAAGCUAAGAUGUUUCAAAGAAAAGAUAAGGAUAUCAUCGCAAAUAAAGGAGAAAAGGUGGAAAAGAAUAAUUUGGAUCAAACAGAUAACAAGAAAGGAAGUAUUAAUCAAGAACAAUUAAAUAGUAUCCUUGACACAGAAUCUGAACGUCUUUUUAAAGUUUAUCAAGAUUAUCUUAAAUCUACCAAUACUGAAAAACUUCGUUCUAAUCGUUCUCGGCUUCCAAUCAGUGAUUAUACUAAUCCUAUAUUGGAUGCAAUUGAAAGUAAUCCUGUAACUGUAGUUGUUGGUUCAACUGGCUGUGGAAAGACAACACAAUUACCUCAAUUGAUAUUUGAAAAAGAAAUUAUUAAACAUCAAGGAGCUCGAUGUAAUAUUAUCGUCACUCAACCAAGAAGAAUUGCUGCUAUUUCGGUAGCGCAAAGAGUUGCCUACGAACGUUCCGAAAGACUUGGGCUUUCUGUUGGAUAUCAAGUUCGUUUUGAAAGCGUCAUGCCAGCUUCGGCUGGAAGUAUUUUAUAUUGUACUACGGGUGUAUUUCUACGAAGAAUGCAUGAAGAAAAGAAUGGAAAAGAUGUACUAGAAGGAGUUACUCAUAUUGUUGUUGAUGAAGUUCAUGAAAGAGAUAUGAAUGCUGAUUUUCUUUUAGUUAUUUUAAAAAGGAUUCUUCACGAAAGACGUCGUAAUAAACUUCCUCCAAUAAAAUUAAUCUUAAUGAGUGCUACAAUUGACACGGGGAUUUUUGCUGAAUACUUUGGUGAUUUCUUCUCUAAUGGAAGAUGCCCUGUUGUUCGAGUUCCGGGAAAAACUUAUCCUGUUCAGCAAUAUUUUAUAGAUGAUUUUGUAUUGAAGCUUCGAGAUUUUUAUAAACCUCCUCAAUUAGACUAUGAUGAAACGUCGAAAUAUGUUGAUCGUGAAAAGAAAUUUCAACCAAGAAAACUUCCACCUACAAAAUUUGUUUCAUCAAAGGGCACAGUACAAGGGAAAAAAUAUCUUACAAUGGAUAUAGAUAGUGAUGAAAUUGAUAGCCAUAGCAGUGAAAUCGAUGAUAAUGAUACUUCAUCAAUUGGAGGAUUUAUUGAACGAAAGCAUAGUGAUGAACAAAUCGAUGCAGAAAUUCCGUAUCAUUUAAUUUCUUUAGUAAUCGCUCAUAUUGUUCAUACAACAGAAGAAGGCGCAAUACUUGUUUUCUUACCCGGUUGGGAAGAAAUUAUGGCUCUUAAUCGAUUAUUAACAACUUCUCCUUAUCCACUUGGUAUUGAUUUUUCCGAUCAAUCACGUUUUCGUAUUCACAUGUUACAUUCUUCACUUCCAUCUUUAUCACAACAAGAAGUUUUUGAACCUUUACCAAAUCCCAAGAUGAGAAAAAUUAUUCUUGCUACUAAUAUAGCAGAAACUUCUAUAACAAUUCAAGACGUUGUGCAUGUAAUUGAUUCUGGCAAGGUUAAAGAAAAAAGAUAUGAUCCAUCUAAGCGAAUGACAAAUCUAGUUACUACUUGGAUAAGUCAAUCAAAUUCACGUCAGCGUUCUGGUAGAGCAGGUCGUGUGCGCGAAGGAGAAUAUUAUGUAAUGAUGUCACGUGCUAGAUAUCAAAAUCUUGAAGGUUAUUCCACACCGGAAAUGUUGAGAUCUGAUUUACAAGAAAUUUGUCUUCACAUUAAGGCACUUGAUCUUCCAGCUUCAAUUGGUGAUGUUCUUGCACAAGCUAUUCAACCACCAGAUCAUGCAAGUGUUUCAGCAGCUUUAGAAAAUUUAAAAUCAUUGCAAGCGUUAGAUUCUGCGGAAGAAUUGACUCCACUAGGAAAAGUUUUAGCUACACUUCCCAUGGAACCAGGUUUGGGUAAAAUGGUACUUUUGGGAGCAAUAUUUCAAUGUUUGGAUCCGAUCUUAACAAUCGCAGCUUGUAUAUCAUCAAAAAGUCCGUUCUUAUCACCUCCACAAGCAAAAGAUCGAGCUGAUGAAAUUAAAGUACAUUGGGCUCAAGGUUUAUCAAGUGAUCAUUUUGCUAUAUUAAAUGCUUAUAAAGCUUGGUAUGAACUUCAAUCAUCAGGAAAUUAUCACGAAGCUAAUAAGUUUUGCACUGAUAAUUUCUUAAAUAGAACUGGUUUACAAACAAUCGAACAAGUUAAAAUUCAAUUAUUAAAUCUUUUGGAACGUGCAGGAGUUGUACCAAAACAUUAUCCGCAAAGAGAUUAUGGUGAACCAAGAGGUCUUGCGUUGGGACCACCUGAAUAUAAUCUGAAUUCAAACUGCCUUCCUUUACUUCGGUCAUUAAUUUGUGCAGGAGUAUAUCCAAAUAUUUCUUUGAAGACAUCAAAGAAAACUUACCAAACUCGACACGAGAGCAUCACAUUUAUUCAUCCGGCAUCAGUGAAUUAUAAAGGAAGAGCAGCGAAAUUAGCGAGAAAUUACCGUGUUGGUAAUGGAAUAAUAGGAAGCGAAUCAGACGAAAGUUUAUUUGCACCUAUAGGAACUCUUUAUGCAUAUUCAACAAAGAUCAAGAAAAGUGGGAAACAAAUUUAUCUUCGUAGCACAACAAGGAUUGAUCCAUUAUCAGUUAUUUUAUUUGGAGGUGAAACUAAACAAAAUGAUAGCCUUUUACUUACAAUUGAUGAAUGGUUAACAUUUUGUGGUAAUGGUAAAAUAAUUGAAUCGAUGAAUAAAUUGAAACUUUUGUUGGAAAAUUGUUUAGCUCAAGUUUAUGAACGAUUGGAUACUAACGUUAAUAAUAGCAACAAUUCGGCUUUUGUUCAAAAUAAUAAACUUAAUUUAGCAGGGAAAUUGGAUGAGGAUGACGAAAAAGACAAAGCUAAACUUGUUAGAGGAAUCGUUGAAAUUUUGGAUAAAUUAGAACACGAUUCAGUGGACAAAACACGUUACUAAUAUCAUUAUUUUUUAUGAUCUCUACAAUAAUAUAUUCAUUUAGUUAUAUACAAUGUUAUAUAACUUGUCUAAUCAUCAUCUAUACAUCUAUAGAUUCAUCAUAUAAAAAAUCAUUCUACCUUUUCAUCUUUCUUGUACUAUACUUAGACUUCGUACUCAUCUUCAUUAUUUAUUUAAAUUUAUCAUCUUACAUUUUA